ACUCGCGAACCCUCGUCCUGCUCUGCCUGUUAGGGCUCUCUCUCUCUCUCUCUCUCUCUCUCUCUCUCUCUGACCUUUUUCACUCGAGGCUUUUUCACGAGCUCUCUAAUGGCUGAUGAAAAUUUUGAGGAACAUGAUUUGGUCAAUGUGCAAGAGACAGAUAAUGUGCCUGAGAACUCACAACCGUCAGAAGAUGCACAUGUGCCUGAAAAUGAUUCAGGUGUAGCUGAAGAAAAGAGAUGGCCAGGAUGGCCUGGAGAAAAUGUGUUCAGAAUGUUAGUUCCUGUUCAAAAGGUUGGUGGUAUCAUUGGUCGCAAAGGAGAGUACAUAAAGAAAAUCUGCGAGGAAACGAAGGCUCGUAUCAAGAUUCUCGAUGGUCCUCCUGGGACUACCGAAAGAACUGUAAUGGUUUCCGCUAAGGAAGAGCCUGAUCUUGACAUUCCUCCUGCAAUGGAUGGCCUGCUGAGGAUCCAUAAGCGUGUAGUUGAUGUUGACUCGGAUCCAGCUAAUGCUCAGUCAGGCAAUGGUAAGACGGUAUCCACAAGGUUACUUGUAGCAGCAACACAGGCAGGGAGCUUGAUUGGAAAGCAGGGUGCCACUAUAAAAUCUAUUCAAGAUGCUUCUCAUUGUACCAUUCGUGUCCUUGGUGGAGAGCACCUGCCGGUUUUUGCUUUGCCUGACGAUAGUGUUGUUGAGAUACAAGGGGAGCCUACGGGGUUGCACAAAGCGGUUGAACUAAUUGCAACACACCUGAGGAAAUUUUUAGUUGAUCGAAGUGUUGUUGGAGUAUUUGAGAUGCAAAUGCAAAUGCCAAAUGCCCGAGCAAAUCAAAAUAUGCCUCCACCCCAAUCUUGGGGCCCUCCAACUCAAGGAUUUCCUAUGAAUGCUGGCGGUGGACCUGGUUAUGGGGCCCCUCCUCAAUACAUGCCACCUCCACGCCAAUAUGACAACUAUUACCCACCAGCUGAUGUGCCGCCUCGGGAUAAGCAGCCUCGUCCUGGACAUCCUGCUUUUGGGAGAGAUGCAUCAGCAGGAUCGCACACAGCAAGCCUGCAGCCACAACCAUCAAUAGUUACAAAGGUCACACAGAAUAUGCAAAUUCCUCUUUCAUAUGCAGAUGCAGUCAUCGGUGCUUCUGGUGUAAAUAUUAGCUACAUUCGCCGUGCCAGUGGUGCAACUAUUGCAAUACAAGAAACUAGGGGUGCCCCAGGUGAAAUGACUGUCGAAAUUAAUGGAUCUGCAUCACAGGUUCAGACUGCUCAACAGCUGAUACAGAAUAGUAUUGCUGAAGCUGCAACAGCACAGAAUUCUGCUAGUGGACCACCUGGUCAAGUUUAUAAUCCUUACGCCCAUGGUACUCUGUAUGCAUCUCCACCAUCCAAUACUAGUGGACACACGGGCCAUGCUCCGGCUGGAGACUACAGUUCUAUGUAUGGAGCCAGCUAUGGUUAUUAGGGAAGCUGAAUGGUAGCAGGAUUGGACUUCUUUUGAGGAAUCUAUGCAUGUCGUACAUUUGACGAGUACUUGUUAUGACAUUAGGUUGAGAGAAUUUAGUUCAGUGUUGUAUUAGAUGUUCAUUGCUAGUAAUAGUACAAAACUAGGCUAAAAAAUUGGUAGUUGCGCCUCUUUGAACUGGCUUUUGUGUCCUUGGAGCGAUUUUUCUUGGGUCAAUUUAUUACUAGUUACCUAGUAAAAUUUGGAGUUUUCAAGUGCGCGUA